AUGACGCAGUACUCAGAAACCAUAUCAAACAUGACACAGUACUCAGAAACCAUAUCAAACAUGACACAGUACCCAGAACACAUAUCAAACAUGACGCAGUACCCAGAACACAUAUCAAACAUGACGCAGCACUCAGAACACAUGUCAAAUAUGACACAGUACCCAGAACCCAUGUCAAACAUGACACAGUACUCAAAAACAAUAUCAAACAUGACGCAGUACCCAGAACACAUGUCAAAUAUGACGCAGUACCCAGAACCCAUGUCAAACAUGACAGAGUACCCAGAACACACGUCAAAUAUGACGCAGUACCCAGAACACAUGUCAAAUAUGAUGCAGUACCCAGAACACAUGUCAAAUAUGAUGCAGUACCCAGAACACAUGUCAAAUAUGUCGCAGUACCCAGAACACAUGUCAAAUAUGGCGCUGUACCCAGAACAUGUGUCAAAUAUGACGCUGUACCAAGAACACAUGUGA